UUAUUUUACAGGUAAGCAUGGCGGAGCAUCAGACGGAAAAGAGGUUCCACAACUUGACCCUCAGUCAAGUCCAGGCUCUGGACAAGGUCUUGACUGACGUGAUCCCUAUCUAUGGACGAGGAAACUUUCCUACGUUGCAGGUGAGAGCAAAAGACAUCAUUCGUUUGGUGAAGGAUCGUCUGGUUGAAAGAGACAUCCAAGUUAAAGACAUCCGCCUUAAUGGCGCCACUGCUAGUCAUGUACUGGUGCAGGAUAAUGGCCUUGGCUACAGAGAUCUGGACAUCAUUUUUGGAGUUGAGCUACCUAGGCAGGAGCACUUCCAAGUCAUUAAGGAGGUGGUGCUGGGCAGCUUGCGAGACCUUCUACCGUGUGGCGUUAACAGACGGAGAAUUACCUUCUUGACAAUGAAGGAGGCAUAUGUGCAGAAGAUGGUCAAGGUUUUCACCGAACAUGAUAGAUGGAGCUUUAUUGCGUUGUCUAACAAUAGAGCUAAAACUCUUGGGCUUAGAUUUGUUAGUUCCCUUCGAAGGCAGUUUGAGUUUAGUGUGGAUUCCUUCCAGAUCAUAUUAGACCGAAUGCUGGAAUCCUACUGGGAGGCGGAAAGGAAACAAGGAGGAAUGUUGGCAAUGAGUACAGACCCAAAUCAAGACAACAGAGAGGAGAACAAAUGCCAAAAUCAGUCUAUUACCAUUCCUCAGGAUGUUGACAAAGAGCUUGAAAAGGAUUCAGUGGUGGCAACCAGCAGGGAAAUUUUGUGCAAGAACGAAGCAGUUACUGUGGAGGAGAAAGAGAUGCCACAUCCAGAGACUGUGAAUAGAAAGGAAAUGCAUGAACAGGCACUCGAAACUGACAGCUCUAACGUACAAUGUCAGGAUGAAAAGGUACUGGAUGACAUACCGCAUGUUCACUCAGAGGAGGACAUUGUGUUCGAGGUAUGUGAACAAACUAGGAAAGCGAAAGAAGAGUUUCACAUGGACUUUUCUUUAGCUUCAUCCUCCCAACCUUUAUUUGCAGAAAACAGGGAUCCUCAUGGAUAUUUAGCACUUCAAAAAAAUGAAGAAGAACAGUUACCCGAGUCACAGACUUCCAGGCCACCGUCCAUACUCCAUAUUGAGAAGUCAGUGCCUAAAGAAACAGUCCAGUGUGAUGAAGUCACAAAGGUCAUAGUAAAUCCGGCAAUUUGCACGGCUGAAAAUAUUUCAAGUCCACAAGCUUCAGAUCUCGAAUUGUCAUUUCCUCCCCCGGCGAAGAAAACGUGUAGCACAUCACAAGACGCUGUACCAGACUAUUGCCCUUCACCUAAAUUACAAAGAAAAAUGUCACGGAAGUUGAUCAGUAAGCCACCCCUCUCUGAAAAAUGGUCUUCAUUAACUGAUGUGUCAGAUCUUACAACACAGCUGUUUCCGCCCAUAGAAAUACCAAAACCACUUCAGCCAAAGCCUCCCGUCUCAGACAGUUCUCAAGUUCUUCACUCGAACCAACCGGAUUCCAUGCUGGAAAACUUUCAGGAUUUCGAUUCUGUCGUAUGUGCCUGUGACAGUCCAGCCGUUGCACCCCAGAAUGCUAACACCUCAAACGAAGCUGUUCAAGAAACCGUUAAGCCAGAACACUCAAAGACGCCUCCCAUUUCUGAGAUGCAAACACUCUUCUCUGGAGGAAGUAUAUCCGUAGAGCUGACGUUUGAUAGGAAAGUCCCUCAGCCAGCAGAUCCUGUCCCAAGCGAUGCAGGGUCAAGCACAUGGGCUGGGGCAGCAGGAAAGCCCGGCAUCACUGUGGAAGCAGAGUGCAUGUAUGGAGACUUUGAGCAGGCAAUGGAUCACCUCCGCCACCGCCUCAUCGCCACCCACAACCCUGAGGAGAUCCGAGGUGGGGGCUUGCUGAAAUACAGUGACCUACUGGUGAGGAAUUUCAGGGCAGCGAGUGAGAUGGAGAUCAAAUCCUUGGAGCGGUACAUGUGCUCGCGCUUCUUCAUCGACUUUCCUGACGUGAGCGAGCAACAGCGUAAGAUUGAGGCCUACCUGCAGUGCCAUUUUAUUGGCAGCGAGGAGACGAGCAAAUACGACUAUCUGAUGACCCUGCGGCGUGUGAUAGAUGAAAGCACGGUGUGUUUGAUGGGGCAUGAAAGGAGACAGACGCUCUACAUGAUAACGGUCCUGGCUCUGAGGGUGUUGGGUGAGCAGAACGCCAUUCCCAACACGGCUAACGUCACCUGUUUCUAUCAGCCAGCGCCGUACGUGACCGAGCCCAUCUACAGCAGCUAUUUCAUCACCCAGGCCCAGCCCCCGCUCGUCUACCACCCCUACCCUCUACAUGUCCACAUGCAGACUGGCCUAGUGUAGCUGGCGGGACGCGGCCACAGGAAGGCGUGUUGGCUGCAUGCAGCAUGUCGCUCUGCAAGCGCAGGCAGAAAGGCCAGUUUGAACGACAAGCAAACCUGGACGCUGUGCUGUUUAAUGGGACACUGAAACAGGUGUUGCAGCAUCAUUUAUCUUCAACGAUGCGACGUGUUUCCAUGUGAAA